UUUUUCCCUCCAUGGUUUCUCCUCCUUGCUCUUGUGAGUAACUUGGCGUUUGCUCUCAGCAGCUUCUACACGUUUCCUAUAUACAGAGAGCCCAGAUUCUCUCCCUCCAUUAACGACACCUAAGGUUGCACUUUUGCUAGCAGGGCACUGUGCAGUAUCACACUCUCAUCCAAACUUUUAUUUCUAAGCUAGAUCACCGUGGGGGGCAGAAUAUAUAGCAUAUACUAACAGAGUUCAGGUGGAAACAAGACUAACACAAAACAAGAAGAUGGAAAUGAAAAAAAGAAUUCAUCUGGAACUGAGAAACAGGACGCCGUCUGAUGUACGAGAGUUGGUUCUGGACAACUGCAGAGCGCAAGAUGGCAAAAUUGAGGGUCUUACUGCAGAGUUUGUCAAUCUAGAAUUACUCAGCCUAAUAAAUGUAUUAUUGAUGUCCGUCUCAAAUCUUCCCAAGCUUCCCAAGUUGAAAAAGCUUGAGCUGAGCGACAACAGAAUUUCUGGAGGUCUGGAUGUACUAGCAGAAAAAUUGCCCAACCUCACACAUUUAAAUCUCAGUGGAAAUAAAUUGAAAGACAUUAGCACCUUGGAACCCCUGAAAAAGUUAGAGUUUUUGAAGAGCCUGGACCUGUUCAACUGUGAAGUAACAAAUCUAAAUGACUACAGAGAGAGCGUAUUUAAGCUAAUUCCGCAGCUCACUUACUUGGAUGGAUAUGAUCGUGAAGAUAAAGAGGCCCCAGACUCUGAUGCAGAGGCUGAUGGUGAUGGUGUAGACGAGGAAGAAGAGGAGAAUGAAGAACAAGAAGAGUUGGAGGAAGAUGAAGAUGAGGAAGGUGAAGAGGAAGAUGAAUUAGAUGAGGAAGAAGACGAGGAGGAAGAUGAUGAGGAGGUAGGGGAGGAAGAUGAUGUAGAGGAAGAUAGCGGUGAAGAAGAGGAAGAAGACUUUGGACAUGAUGGGGAAGUAGAGGAAGAGGAGGAGGAUGAAGAGGAGGAGGAAGAUGAAGAAGAAGAGGAAGCAUCAGCUGGAAAGGGUGAGAAAAGAAAGCGAGAUACAGAUGAUGAUGGUGAUGAAGAGGAUGAUUAAGAUGACAUUAGGGAAAAAAUAAUGAAUAAGGACCUUAAUGGAUUAUACAGUAUUGAUUGAACUGGCCCUACCCAUGGAUAUGAAUGAUAAACUGAUUUGUGCAACAGUCGUAGCAGUUAUAUAAAAAAAAGUCCCCAUUCCUGAGCACCCAAAGAGCCAAAGAGUUGUUACUGUGACAUUCCUACAGCCAAUAACACCUACUGGACACUUACAAGAUGGUUUAUAAUUAAUUUUCAAAAAAAGGCAAAAAAAAAAAAUAUAUAAAUCUUUUCGGCUAGACAGAGUGGGUCAAUGCUUUUACUAUUAUGUUGGGGUUCUUAAGGGUUCCAAGUUAGAACACUGAGGGUGUGAUUGGUGAGUCAUGAUUGUCAAUGGCUACCUGUUUAUUAGCGGUUGAAGCACCAUUUUUACUUUCUGUACAACGGGAAAAACUUUGUAAAUAAAAUCUUAACAUUU